AUUAGUACCAAAAAAAAUCGAAACCAUGAGGAUAAGCCACUUGCGGAGAACUCGUGCUUCAAACACUUCCAUUCAAUUCUCAAUUACCAUUUGAAACCCAUCUAACGGCUCAUAUUCAUUUGAGAGGAGCUAAGAGAAGGAUAUAAUAUAAUAUUAACAUCCUACCCACUUUGCCUUCACUCCUCUAUUCAUUUCAACAAUUCCAAGCUCGGAUUUUGAAGAGAAAAUAAACAAAGAAAGCUAGUUAAGAUGGCUUCUCUAACAAUGGCAUUUGCUCCAGCAGCUGGAAGAGUGUUUGCCGCAACAGCAGCAAAGGGUGCUGGUGGAAGCAAAGAGGAGAAAGGGCUUCUUGACUGGAUUAUUGGAGGGUUACAGAAGGAGGACCAGCUUCUUGAGACUGAUCCAAUCCUCAAGAAGGUGGAGGAGAAGAAUGGUGGCACCACCAGCAAUGGGCGCAAGAACUCAGUGGCUGUCCCUCAGAAGAAGAAGGGUGGUGGCUUUGGAGGCCUUUUUGCCAAGAAUUGAUGCCCUCUUUUGGGGUCAUUCAUCAUUUUCUGGCAUUUCACGUAUGCCAUGUUCAUGUCUGUUUUGCUUUCAAUCUUUAGUGAUUAUGGAAUGCUUAAGUCAUGUUUACUUCUUA